AAGCCAAACAAGCUCCACGCCGGGUGUGGGCUGAGCGAAAACCCUCUGGUCCUGGCUCUUCUCCUUGGGUUGGCGAUCCGACCGCCAGGGCUGAAGUUCUGUCCAAUGUGUCUUUUCCGCUUCCUUGUGGGAACUCCGUUUAAAGGAAGAGCUGUCUGUGCGUUAUAGACACACAGGUCCAAGACAAAGUUAAACUAUAAUCCUCCAAAAGAUGAUGGAUCAACCUAUAAGAUUGAACUUGAAGGGAUAUCGGUAAUGGUUAUGAGAGAGAUCCUGGAUUACAUCUUCAGUGGGCAGAUCCGGCUAAAUGAAGAUACCAUCCAAGAUGUUGUCCAGGCAGCGGACCUGCUCCUGCUGACAGAUCUUAAGACUCUGUGCUGCGAGUUUUUAGAAGGCUGCAUUGCUGCUGAGAACUGCAUCGGGAUCCGUGACUUUGCACUUCACUACUGCCUGCACCACGUGCAUUACCUUGCCACGGAAUACCUGGAGACUCACUUUCGAGAUGUCAGCAGCACAGAAGAAUUCCUAGAACUGAGUCCUCAGAAGCUUAAGGAAGUGAUUUCUCUUGAGAAGUUAAACGUUGGCAAUGAAAGAUACGUAUUUGAGGCAGUAAUUCGAUGGAUAGCACAUGAUACCGAAAUGAGAAAGGUCCACAUGAAGGACGUUAUGUCAGCACUGUGGGUUUCAGGAUUAGACUCCAGCUACUUACGGGAACAGAUGCUGAAUGAACCAUUAGUACGAGAAAUUGUCAAAGAGUGCAGCAAUAUACCACUGAGCCAGCCACAACAAGGAGAGGCAAUGCUGGCCAGUUUCAAACCCCGGGGCUACUCAGAGUGCAUUGUGACCGUUGGUGGAGAAGAAAGAGUUUCACGGAAACCAACAGCAGCAAUGCGCUGCAUGUGCCCUCUUUAUGACCCUAAUAGGCAGCUUUGGAUUGAACUGGCCCCGUUAAGCAUGCCAAGAAUUAACCACGGAGUGCUCUCAGCAGAAGGAUUUUUGUUUGUAUUUGGGGGCCAAGAUGAAAAUAAGCAGACCCUGAGCUCAGGAGAAAAGUAUGACCCAGAUGCAAAUUCAUGGACUGCAUUGCCACCAAUGAAUGAGGCAAGACAUAACUUUGGAAUUGUGGAGAUCGAUGGAAUGCUUUACAUUUUAGGAGGAGAGGAUGGUGAAAAAGAGCUAAUUUCCAUGGAGUGUUAUGAUAUUUAUUCUAAAACCUGGACAAAGCAACCUGAUUUGACCAUGGUUAGAAAGAUUGGCUGCUAUGCAGCUAUGAAAAAGAAAAUCUAUGCCAUGGGUGGAGGGUCAUAUGGAAAACUUUUUGAAUCUGUGGAAUGUUAUGACCCAAGGACCCAGCAAUGGACUGCUAUAUGUCCGCUGAAAGAGAGAAGAUUUGGAGCUGUAGCCUGUGGAGUUGCCAUGGAACUGUAUGUAUUUGGGGGAGUCAGAAGUCGCGAGGACAUCCAGGGUAGCGAGAUGGUAACUUGCAAGUCUGAAUUCUACCAUGAUGAGUUUAAAAGGUGGAUCUAUCUUAAUGACCAGAAUUUAUGCAUCCCCGCCAGUUCCUCUUUUGUUUAUGGAGCUGUACCCAUAGGAGCCAGUAUUUAUGUUAUCGGAGAUCUUGACACAGGUACCAAUUACGACUACGUGCGUGAGUUUAAAAGGAGCACAGGAACCUGGCACCACACUAAACCACUCCUUCCAUCUGACCUCCGCCGCACUGGGUGUGCAGCCUUACGUAUUGCAAAUUGCAAGCUUUUCCGCCUGCAGCUUCAGCAAGGCUUAUUCCGUAUCCGUGUUCAUUCACCUUGAAGAGGAAGCAGAGCCGAAGCAGAGCUCCUGACCAAGCACCAUAAGGUGGCUCUAUGCGAGGGGGACAGAGAUGGCAGCCAAACCUUGCUCUGCGUGCCGGGCUUUGUGUGGUAACUCUGGUGGUUUUAUAAUGCUUAGACGCUUGAGCUUCAGCUCUUGUUUGGGAGAACAUGUAACUGUUGACAAACUGCCUGGGAGGAAUUAGUUCCUCCAGUUAGAUGUGUCUAUAGACAAAUGGAGGCUAGUCAGUGUCAAAAGGAAGAGGGAAGUGAGAAUUGGCAUAAUGGAAAAUACUAAAGUUAAAAUACUAAGGUGCAUUUUCCCUGAAGGGAACUCGUAUCUGACUGCUGUGUACCUGGCUUUGGUAAACAAACAAACAAAAAUCCAUAUAUGCAAAUCAACAUGCCCAAACAUACCAAGACUGCUUUCUUCUGCACUUGGAAGGAAAUAUUAUGCCUAACCCUGCCCAACAAAUUAAGGAUUGUGCCUAAAAUGUUAGAUUGUACUGUAUGCCAGCUAGUCUCCAUUUACUAUUAGUAUUCUGUGCUGAGAAUAUUUUUUAAACUAUAUUAUGAUGAAUUGAAACUAAGAUAAAAUUUGUUUGGUGACAUUCUAUCUUAGUAAUGUAAAGACUCAAUAAAUGAGUGAGUCAAGUUGCAGCCCUCAUGUGACUUUAAAGGAAGUUGCUAAAAUCUGUGUUAACUUAGAUUAAGGUACGUCAUGCCAUACUUUCUGGGUGGUACUGGUGGAGUUGGGAAGGGUCUCAGCAGUGCCACUCGUCCUUCAGUUCAUCAGAACCGUUUUCUAAAUCGGAGGCCAUUAGAGAGUAGGAGAUUUUAUAAAAGAAAGGCCUGAGUCAGACAAAUAAUAAAGGUCUGCUGUGACUACAAAAACAUACAAAAAAAACUGUCCAGGCAAAAUAUAAAGGGAUCAAAACUUUUUUAAAAAAUCUGUCUGAAAGCACACACAGUCUUGUUUACUACUGUUUAGGAUUUGAAAACUUGUCUUAGAAUGCGAAUGUGUUCAGAAUCUAGUCUUUGUAGUAGAAUUUUCUCAAUGCCGUUCACUAGUAAGAGUUUUAGACAAAUUAUGAUAAAGUUUGGCUGGUAGAAUACACUACCUCAACCUAAUUUCAUUCUGUUCAUAGUAGAGCAAAUUCAUCUUUUCCUCCUUUCCUAUCUCUCACUCCCAUGCCACUCUACCCACUUCCUAUGGGGGGAAAGUCUGUCAUUAGUAGCAUUUAUCUUUAAAGAUAUUUUGCUUCCCAUUCAAAUUACACCACCUUAGUGUGAAAUCAGGGACUUCAAAGUGCUUGAUUGCUUCAUCAUUUGAAUUUUAUGCAAUAUCAGGUUUCUAGUCAAUUGAAUAUAGAAUUCUUCAUUUUUAAUUGUUUUCUACAGCUUUUUUCUCUCUCUUAGAAUAUGGCUCUAUGCACAGCAUUUUGUCAUAAAGAUUAAUGUAUUAAUGUAUCUAUCCUCUGGUUGCAAAUUUGAGACCAGGAAUUUUUUUAGGAAACUGCUAUAUGGAAUGUUUGUAUGUUGUUAGCAUGCAUAUGAAAUGUCGCUUGUGUUUUCCCACCAUGACAGAAAAAAGAGUGAGAGUUUUUGUUGUUGUUUUUAAUACCCAUUAGAAGUCAACACAAUGCUAUCAAAGUUGCUGAAAGGAGCCUUGCCUGUGGGGGUUCUAAAGAAUGUUGUGUGUGGCUCAUUUACUCUCCAUUCUGGCAGAAGAGUUGGUAAAAGAAGGUAUGAGGUUUUCAUAUUCUGUGUCAGGGCACGAGGCCAGGUUUGCCACACAUUUAUGUAACAGUCAAAUUCAAUCUGUAAAUCAAAGCCGGUUUUUUUUCUUUGUGUUGUGUACCAGUCAGCUGUCCGCACACUUUCCCAGGGAUACUUUGGAUAUUUAUUAAUCAAAGCAAGCUCCAUGGCCACUGCAAAGAAAGAAAACUUGCUUUUUACAAUUAGAUAUCAGUUUUAGAAAAGAUAAAUUGCUGAAAAAAUGAAUUUGCUUUGGUAAAAUAUCUUGUAUAGAACACAACUUUGACAUUCAGAAGCUGCAGAUGAGGUACAUUACAGUGGUAAUUGAUAUCUUAUUAAAGCCAUGACAAUCAGCAGUUCUCUCUUUUUUUAAAAUUUCUGAAGUUUAAAAUUCUUCCUGGUCUAUGCCAGGCCUUUCCAAGGAGACAGUUCAUUGUCCAGGCGUGAAUGGGUCCCGGAUGCAAUAUUGUCAGUGCCUGCAUGACUUGGUCAAUUCAUUUUAUAAAGUAUUUUUUUAAAUUCAGUUUGAUGACACUAUUGCUGCAGAAAUUAGGGAAUGUUUUAUAAAAUAAACUUGCCACAUAAUAUGGGAUGCAACAACUAACAAAAGCUGUUAAGUGCCAAAUUGUUUUUUACUAUAUAUAAAUAUAAAAAUAUUAUGUUGGAGUGUAGGGAUGUAUUUAACUUUAUUAUGUUCCAAAAUUAACCAUGACUUUUUUUGUAAAUUACAGUUAUUUCAGUAUUGUGAAAUAAAUUUUAACUUAUUUCAUGCAGGUUUGUGUUUUAACAUUCCACUUAUGACUUGAAACAUCUUUUCUUGAUAAAUUUUUGAUACUUCUUUUUCCAUAAGGCACUUUUACCAGGAGUAUGUUGGAAUUGGCGGCUAAGGAUAGAUCUUAAAAUUUUAAAUAUAAUAUCUUUGGGGGAAGUGCAAUUUAUUUUCAUUAUCCCACCAAACAGAAGGAAAGUUGUCUCAGGUUAGAAUAAGUGAAUAUUUAAAGGAUCUCUCCUAUGCUACAGUCAAAAGUAGAUUUGUUUGUUUAUUUGUUUAACACAUCCAAAUGCAGAUUUUUUUCAAAGAUUUUUAAGUGUUUAAUUUACAGUGAAGUUUUGUGUGAUUUUUUUUUGUGUGUGAUAGUACUUAUAUCCUGUGAGAGGAAAAGUGUGAGAAGAGAGAUGAGAGAGAGAGCAAGAGAGAGAGAGAGAGAGAGAGAGAGAGAGAGAGAGAGAGAGAGAGUGUGUGUGUGUGUGUGUGUGUGUGUGUGUGUGUUACGUGACUUGGUAAGUCUGUUUGUGUAUGUUUCCUUUGAAUUGUAGUCCAGACUAUGUAUAUUACUGUCUCCUGGUGCUUCAGAUAAAUUCUGAGCCUGUGGCCCUUCAGUUUAUACUACUGUGUUACACUCAUGUUGAGUGUAAAUAUUGAUACAUUUGUAGUUUUACUUGGUGUUUGCAUUUCUUUUCUUUAGUGGGAUUAAAAAACAAUGUUUACCAACUAGUAGUUGGUAUGCUAAAGAUUUGGCCUAAGAAAUUUCUAAAUUCAUUGUGUAUUUCAUUAAUUCGUUAUUUCAGUAGGCUUUUUUCAAACUAUAACAACCAAAAAGGGACAUUUGGGGGAUGUUGGACAGUGUAUUGUCUGUAUUGAAGUGUUCUAUUAUAUUGCACUACCACUUUAAUAUGGCACUUUCUUCAGUGGUGCUUUAGAAGUGCCUUUUUAAUCAUAAGUGUGGGGGGUCCCCUAGGUGUUGUACAGGAAAUACAUUCUUUAUGCUGACAUGGUAAAAAUAGGGCUGUCUUUGCUAUGGUACCUCAGUUCUCAUGGCAGUAAGUUAGGUUUUUAGAGAAAUACGUUAGCUGCCUUGGUUCAUUGGGGUUCCAUUUGAAGCGUUCCUACUUCAGCGUACCAAACCAGGAUCCCAAAAUGUUUUUCAGGGACCACUAAAAACACUGCAGUAUUACCUUCCAGAAUGUUGGCUUUCUUGAUUCAAGAGGAGGCCUCCUGUGGUCAGAUGAAGACAUUUGAUUAUCUGGGGAGAGAAUAAGAUGCACUUCACCUCACAUUGCAUCAAUUUAAAGAGUGCUGGGACCCCCUUAAAAAGCACCUGGUGGAAGGGAAGGGCAAGGUUGUCCUUGUUCAGUGGCUGCCCCUCGAGCCUCCGAGCCUUGGAGGAGGCUCUGAUUAGUGCAGAAAAGCCUGCUCUGGGUUUUUUCGACAAAUUAUUGAGCACCUGCUAACAAUUCUGCUUGGGAAGCAGAAGAGUGAGGCAGAUGUGGCACUGCCCUUCCUCUGGAUUGUAAAGUCCUGUGGGCAGGGCCGUCCCUUAAUCACCUGCGAAUCCCAGUGCGUGCACACAGUAGGCAGUCAAUAAAUUUUGAUGGGUGAAUAUAGUAUGCUGUGAUCAAAGUGAUGUUCUUCACCGGAUGGAAAAGUACCCUUCGAGAGUGACUUAAAAUUUUUCUGGGUUUUAAACUCGAAAGUUUGUGCACAGAUGGCUGGCCUUAUAAAGUGGGAAACUAGCGCAGAAUAAAAAACGCAAAGUGCCUGACAUGUGACGCACAACUCUAUGGUCUCCACUUGUUCUGUAGGAUUUUCGAGACCUCUGCUUGGCAUACCUGAUAACGCUUAUCCUAGUGGCUACUGAGUUAUAUUUACUGCUCUUUAUAUGGGACUCUUUGACCCUGGCAUCUGUGUGAAGCGGUGGUGCUCCCCACUGGACGGAGAGCAGUCCAGGGCCCAGUGGGUGCAGCUUCGCUCCACUGCAGAGCA